GCUCACAGGUGGGUGGCACUGCUGGGCAUAGGUAGGUGGCACUUCUGGGCACAGGUGUGUGGUACUGCUGGGUGGCACAGGUGGGUGCACUUCUGGGCACAGGAGGGUGCACUGCUGGGCACAGGUGGGUGCACUGCUGGGAACAGGUGGGCACACUGCUGGGCACAGGUGGGUGGAACUGUUGGGUGGCACUGCUUGGCACCGAUCAUCAGGGCACUGAUCAUCAGUGCCCUGAUGAUCGGUGCCGAUCCCUGCUCUGACAACUGCCGGUUCUCGGCAGUACUUUCCUCACGAUCUGACAGCGUGAGGAGAGUGCAGCCGAGAACCGGCAAUUGC